CAAUACCCCUUUGUGUGUUUCCCUUCCCUUCUCAUAUUUACAAACACCAAAUGAACCAAACCAUGGCCGCCACUGAAGAAUUUAGCUUCCCCGCCAUCACUGACUCCUACCCUUGUGGCAUCGAUUCACCGCCUUUGUGGCAUCUUUCUCCGGCAGCAUCCCCUGAUGCUUUUAGGGAUAAAUUUUCAAAAGAAGGGGAAAAAAGAGUGAAAGAAGAAGAUGAUCAUGAGCGUUUUGAAACAGAGGAGAAGCAUAGGAAGAGCUGUUCAUAUGUUGAGAAAGGGUCAAAGGUGUCGAGGAGAGUAGGGUAUACUGAAGAUGGAGAAGAGAAAAUGGACCUGUUGUGGGAGGAUUUCAAUGAGGAACUUUCCAGAAGCUGCAGUUCAAGGAUGGGUUCCAGUGGCUGCAGUUCAAGGAUGGGUUCCAGUGGCUGCUCCAGCGACGUGGUGGAAUUGAAUUGUGUUCGGUCCCUGAAGCUGUCCAAAACCAAUGGUGGAAUGUUUUCUCCGAAGAAGCCAAGCAUAGUGGUAUUCUUUAAGUCCUUCAGGAAGCUCUUCUUGCUUCACAGUUCUCAUCAUAGUUUAGCAAAACAUCACACUCUACGCCGGUAAAUUGCAUUGAAAAUCCUGUUUUUAGGCUCAUACAAAUUCUGGUAUGAUUGAUUUUAUCAAGAAAAUCCUGUUUUUUUGGUUUAUCUUUAUGGGUUAUACAAGAGAAUAGACCUCUCUUAUUCCCAAAUCUCUCCUCACCCCGAUUCAAGGUUUGAAUCUAAUAUCUUUCACUUGAAAUCUCCAGUCCUUAGUCGCCACCCUUUAGGGUGAGGAAAUUCAUGUUUUCUCCACUGCUUGACAUCUCUUUUUUCACAUGGAAAUAUGGUGAAAUGAUGGGAUUUUUUUGGUGUAUGAUAUCACAUAUUUGGAAGGCGGAUAUAUAAAAGAGGUGGAAGUGUUUGUGUACAUAUGAAGAUUUCAGUCCAUCUUGUUGUCUGAAGUGUAAAAAGAGAGAUGCUCAAAAUAAAAUAUGGUAUAGUAAUAAACACUUUAAUCUCAA